AUGUCCACUCCAGUACUUCACUACUUCCGCCUGGGAAGCCUUGGUAGGGGUGAAAUCGUCCGAGUGUUUUUGCGAGAGCUCAAUAUCGAGUAUGAGGAUAAAUACUACGAAUACGAUGAUACCUGGCCAGGCGUCAAUAAAUCUCUGGGAGUUAGCAUCACUGGCACUCUGCCAGUCUUGAAAAUUGAUGGCAAAAGGCUCUAUCAGCACCUUGCCAUUCUUCGUUAUCUUGCACGCCGCUCCGGUGCCUACGAUGGUGAAACAAACUACGAAAAGUAUCUCGUCGACGCUGUAGCUGACUUGUACAAUGACUGGCGAACUGGUUGGGUUAACCAACUGACCGCCAAGGCGACCGAUUACAAGGACAGGCACGUUACGAAAUUCAACGAUCUCUUCACCCAUUUCUACUCCCUGGAUAACAGUGGCCCCUACCUGCUGGGCAGCAGGCCUACCUACGUCGACUUUGCCGUCUUUCAAGCUCUCGAUAACGACGAGUGCAUUGGCUGCGGCCCUGAUACCCUGUCAGAGCCGCUGAAGAAGCUGAGGGAGGCCAUCCAUGCCCGCCCAAAUAUCCAGCGCUAUCUGGCUGAGCGAGCAGCAGCUAACAAGUAGAGCUUGACAACAUAACACCCGGGGAUAUUGCCUGUCUUAUUGCAAAGACAGAUACUGCCACUUCGAAUGUAUAGGGACUAUCGCAAUGCAAAAGACCUCCAGAAUGUACCACCCUUCUUCAGAAAGCCUUGCUUCAGCUAUCCAGAUCUGGCAAUAGCUGAGGAUUUGAACUAUCGCCCUUUGCUGC